UACCUUUUAAUGAACAGAUGUUUUAAAGGCAUAGAUACGUCAUUAACCUUCCUUGUGGAUUAUCCUUUGUCUUUAUUGGUAGGCUUGUGAAUCCUCUCGGCGGCUAAGAAAAUAAGCUUAUGUACAUUUGCCGUGACAACUGGCACGUGACAAUUAAGGUCAGUGCUCACUACAUGAUCCGACUGACGUCAUGCUUAGUAGGAUUCUGUGAUGCCGCACACGCAAGAGACCUAAUAACCCUUCCAUAACGGCGCGGCCAAGGUGCCUGUAGGUUUUAUGCAUUUAUAUGUAUGUCCUCAAGUGCCAGCUAGACACGGUGGAGUAAACCUACAAGGGUAUGUUCAAGGGUAUGUUCAACCAGAAUUGAUGGUAAACUUUUUGAACAAAUCAAACUACUUAGAUUUUGAGAGAUACUCCACCGUGUCUGGCUGGCUGGCACUUGAGGACAUACGGAAUAGUGUGCUCUGAAUAUCAGCCUUGUAAGUAGAGCUGCGUGUCAUCAUUGCCAUAACACCGCCGCAUAGCCUCUAUUUAUUCACGCUUCGCCACCCCGAAGCUAGACCUCGAUUUCUUUCUCCUUUUCCCAGUACUCCUAAAUUCUCUACCCAAGUCAAUCAACCCAUUCACCACCAACUCCCGUGACCGUCUAACGACAGGCACGUAAGAAUUUACAAUCACAAUCCUUGGAUUUUUAAUACUUAUCACAGCCAAUACAUUCUGCAACGCAAAUUACAGGAUGGCAUCGCACAGCAAUGCGGAGCAGGAGGAGCCUACAAAGGGGUUUCCGACAACAGACAGCAAAUCCGACGUGGAAGAGGAUGUGGACAGCGAUGUGGAUGAGGAGGAGAUGAAGAAGUGGCUUUCGACAACAUACGAGCGCGGCUCGAAAAAGCCCAUGAAGGAGCCUCUUACAGCACCUUGGGGUCUGCCGAUCAGCGAUGCAGACGUGGAAAAGCUCAAGGUCGGGUUCAAAUCUCAAAGCAUGGACGACAAAUGGGACAUGCUGAUCGAGGAUCCGGACGAAAACGGCAACAUAUCUCUCCACAUCAUUCGAAGCUGGUUAGAGGAGGAGUGCUACAUACUUCACAUUGCUCCAAAACCAAGCAACGAUGAUGGCGGGAGUGCAAAGAUCCAAAGCAUUACCUGGGAAGGCAACAAGGCGGGGUUGCAAUGCGACGCGGAGCAGGCCAAGAAGGAGGCUGUGAUUCUGUCCAGAGGCCACCUCGGCUGCAAGUUUGAGACGCUCCCCCAGUACCCGUCCUCAACGUUUUGGGAUCCUAGUGCUUAUAAAAAACUGGAUGCAGAAUAGGUUACUAGCGCCCCCCUUAGAAGGCCAUCCGGCGAGCAUGGAGGAGUUGUCUCAUGUUAGGGUUAUUUUUUCGGUACUUUUAGCUGAGAUGAUAGUCAAUUUUUCCUAAUAUACUGUAGCCUGUUCUCACUGCCUAA